UUCAAGUUUGGGACAGAGCCGCGUUUCAUUUCGUUUCAUUCGGAGGUGCGCUGAGUGUGGAGCACACGCUCCAUAGCUUCUAUCAUUUUCGUAUCAUUUCGUUCGCGUUGUACAUGAUACAUGUAUGAACAGAGUAUGAUAAUAUAGGAAGAAUAAUAUCGAGUGCAAGUGUCCAUUAUUUUUACACGUUCCAUCCAUCCAGCAUCGUCGUCAUUCAUCUCUCGUCUUGUCUCAGUGAAGAAGUUUUGAUGUUGUUUGUGUUGCCCUAGGAGCGGCGGUACCAGUGCUGAUGUGUGAUUUGUUUAUUUUCCGCGCGUUUUCGUUCGUUUCUCGCCGUUGUCAUUGAUUGCGCGAGUUUAAUAACAGUUUAAUUGAAUUAAAUAACAACAACAAACAAAACAAAUAUGCCGACAACAGCUGAUUGCUGCGAUUACGACUUCGUGUCGAAGGACUGGCUCAGGGGGGAGCUCCGUGGUGGUGACUCCAGGAGGCUGGUGGUCUUGGAUUGCAGGAGCAGCAACGAGUUCACGGAGAGUCAUAUCCGCGACGCCGUCAACUUCUCUAUACCCUCGAUCAUGCUGAGACGCCUGGCCACUGGCAAGAUAGACCUCUCCUCCACGAUCAAAUGCAGACAGCUGAAGACCAAGAUCUGCAGCACCUACAAGGAGAACCUGUUCAUCCUUUACAACGACCUCUGCCGCGUCCAGCAGCACCUCUCCGACUCCGUCCUCGGGGUGCUCCUCAAGAGGCUCAGCCAAGAUGGAUGCCGCGUCGUUUGUCUCGAAGAUGGUUUCAGCAGAUUUAAGGAUGCGUUUCCGGAAUGGUGUGUUAGCUGUAACGACCUUCCGGAUGGCGGAGGCGGAGUGCAAUCCGGCCACAGUGGUACAAUGGAAUCACUCCCGCUGAUGGGUCUUUGCUCGUUGAGGAUAACGGCCGUUCCGCACCAUCCAAGACAUCCUCACAGGAGUUGCGACAGCCUCUCCUCGGCAGCUAACAGUUCUACAGACAGUUCCGAUACUGACGAUAGGUGCGACAGUUCAUUGGGUUUCGAGGAAGAUCGCGAAUUCCCAGUUGAAAUUCUGCCCUACCUUUACCUAGGGAACGCUGCGAAUAGCUGUGACCGCGACUCCCUGGCCAGGCACAACAUACAGUACGUCUUGAACGUGACGCCGGACCUGCCCAACGUCUUCGAGGAACAUAUUACGUACAUGAAGAUACCGAUCACAGAUCACUGUUCCCAAGAUUUGGCCUACUAUUUCCCGCAGGCCAUCGAAUUCAUAGAUGAGGCGCGAAACAACCAGAAGGGCGUACUCGUUCAUUGCCUAGCUGGGAUAAGCAGAUCGGUCACGAUCACCGUGGCCUACCUAAUGAAGAAAUGCUCGCUGACCAUGAACGACGCUUUCAGCAUCGUCAAGUCGCGCAAGUCCAACAUCGCACCCAACUUCCAUUUCAUGCAUCAGCUCUUCGACUUCGAGAAGGAACUGAAGCUGGACGAAGGAGGCGGCGGCACCGUUCCUGCCCCUCUCCGCGGUCCCAUCAAAUGCGACAACUGCGGGCUAUUCGACGCCGCCUGCAAAUGCCGACAGCACUCGGACUUCCUGAACUCGAUGGCCCGGUUCGGAGUCAGCCCCGACUCCGGCAUCGAGUUCGAUCGGUGGGCUUCCAGCAGCAGUACUCCGGCCGAAUGAGACCGCUUGGGGAGAUCGCAGUGGCAUUUCUGAACGGAUCCUUGUCAUCUCCCCAAUCGAAAAUACUAACGGCAAAACGGGAACUUGCCAGGAAGAGAGUUUAUUGUUGAAACGCAUUUAACAUUUGUUAUUAUCCGUAUUUAUAUUUGUAACAAAAUAUGCACAAAUCAAGUUUUAUUGAAUCCAUUUGAUAAAUUUGAGUUUAUGUUGUGCGUUCAUUAUCCGCGUUUGUUUUUUUUACAUUGAUUUUUCUACGUAUUUAAUUAAUAAUCUUUUCGAAGCCAGUAUUAUUAUCGUUAUUAUCACACCUACUGUAUUAUUCUACAUAUUUUCGUUUCGUUUUUAAGUGUCCAUCUACAUUUAUCGUAGACGUCGUUAUUCCGUAUUCUUUCUUCCCAUGCUAAAUUAGCGUAGGGUCGCACCUAGCAACUAAUCCUGAGCAAUAAAAAGUAUAUAUCUAGGGUGGUUUAUUUUCUCGCCUCGAAAGGAAUAUUCUAAAAGGACGAAGGCGGCAGCGGCGGUCGUAGUAGCAUUGAAAAGAAGACUGUUUUUUUUAUUAUCGUUGACGAUUAUAUUCGUUUCGUUUCCAUUGAAUGUUUUUUUU